AUGGCAAACCAGAGGGCGACAUGGACAUGGGAUGAAGAGAGGAUCUUUGAGAGUGCUCUAUUAACCUAUGUAGAAGGAACACCUAAAAGAUGGAAAAAGAUUGCGAAGUUAAUUUCUGGAAAAUCAGCCAAGGAUGUUGAAGAACAUUAUCCCAUUUUGUUGGCCAAAAUAGAAGCCAUGGAAAGUAACAUUACUCAGUUGCAAACCAACACAAAUGAUGCUUCGUCUUCGCAGCGUAGAGAAGAGAAGGAAGUGGGCUCAGUUUGGGAUUUGGAUGAAUUGGUUUCAUGCUCGGAAAGGGCGACAUGGACAUGGGAUGAAGAGAGGAUCUUUGAGAGUGCUCUAUUAACCUAUGUAGAAGGAACACCUAAAAGAUGGAAAAAGAUUGCGAAGUUAAUUUCUGGAAAAUCUGCCAAGGAUGUUGAAGAACAUUAUCCCAUUUUGUUGGCCAAAAUAGAAGCCAUGGAAAGUAACAUUACUCAGUUGCAAUCCAACACAAAUGAUGCUUCGUCUUCGCAGCGUAGAGAAGAAAAGGAAGUGGGCUCAGUUUAG